CCCUGAACAACUUCAGUUGGGAGGAACGAAUAUUGUUGACAUUGACACAUCCGCCAUCUUGUGGAAAAAUUAUAUUUUGUUAAGAUUCAUUAAAUUUCAAUGAUAUACUUUUUCAUUGAUCUUUAAUCAAUUUAUAAAAGUUGUUAGUCAGACCUAUAUUUAGACACAUUUUACUUUCGGUUUCAGAUACUAUUAUUUCAACGGAUUUGAUAUCAAUUUUGUUCCUGUUUCGAUCCCAUCACAGUUUAUAUAAUUAGUUAUGUCUUCAUCUCCGUCCAUUCAUUUUCGUGAAGAAGGAAACAAAAUAUAUUCGACAGCAACACAAAGGUUCACUCCUGCUCUUCAGCGUGAACGUCUCCAGACAGCUUUAAACCUAUAUUAUAAGGCAUACAAUACAAGUCAAAAUCCAGAUGAAAAAAGUUCGUCUGCUAAAAAUUUGGGAAUGGUGUCGUGGAGACUAGCAAACGUUUCUGAUGCUUUGAACGAAAAAUCGUCUGUUAUUGUUCAUUUUUACAAAGAGGCUUUCCAAUAUAUCUCAGAAGCAUGGCUGAAAUCACGAGAUGUAAAAACUAAUGAUUGGCGAGACAAUCUGUGUACAUCUGCCAUUAGCUUUUGGGAAGACAUGAAACAAGGAAGAGUAUGUGCUAUUGAAUUUGAUAAACGUGUUAAAGUAUUUUAUGAUAUCCUCCAAAAGAUUGAAAUACCUACAGUUAAGGCUGAGUGUUACGUACAUAUUGCAACUUGUCAUUUUCAUGCUGGAGUUACUGCUAUUCAAGAAAAGAACUUCAAAGUUGCACUGUAUCAAAUGAGAGAAUGUUAUUUCCCUGUAACAGAAGCUGCUUCGUGUGGUAGAACUAUACCGUUACCUCAUAUAGAACAAGAAGCAGAGGUACUGGAAAAUGACGUUCUUAUGCAUCAAUGUCUAGCUGAAUCAAUGCAAGCAAAUCAGAUAGGAGAAGAACUGUUCCGUAAAUUGUUGAUGGACGAAGAAAAACUGAACAUUGACAUGGUAUACGAAGUAAUUGAUUGGCAUAAACAAGCUGUAUUACAGACCAGAGAGAUAACAGAAGUAGAAAUGGAAGCCAUAGCUCUUAGUCGGAUAGGAAAGGUGUACGACAAAGUCCUCAAACUUAAGUACAAGGCUAAGGAAUAUCUAUUGCGAGCGAUGCAGCUAGCCAACUCUAUGCAUCCUAGAAUUUUCCACGGUGAAGAAUGGUUUGAGGAAUGUAAAGCAAUUCUUGCCAGAUAUCAAGAAGAAGCAGUAAAACAAGAGAGCGAGGAAUGGCAAAAAAUCAAGGAAAAGUACUUGGAAGAACUUGAAAGUGAAAUGAAAGACUUGAAACAAAACGAUGCAAACCAUACGCAAUCUGACGAGUUUCUAAAGUAUGUGUACGAGAAAUUCCCACCUGUAAAUCCUGAAAAUAAACUUGAAGGAUUACCGGAUAGUGGUACAAUAGCGCGUGCCGAUUUAAAGAAAAUUUUACAAAAAGCGGUUGUACAUUACCAUCCAGACCGUGUUGAUGUAGAGAAACAUGGAAUGAAACGUAAAGUUCUCUCAGAAGAAAUAACCAAGUAUUUAACAUUAAGAUACGAAUUUUUCAAAGCCUAGUAUUGAAAAGACAGUGGAAAAUACAGAUUUUGUAUAUGACCACUACAAAAGUGCAUAACCUGCUUUAAUCAUAGGGUUAUUGACUAAAAACAUUUCAAAAUUUGUCAUGUGGAUCUACUAGUAUUUGAGUUUCUGCUCGUAAGAAAAGAAAACGUUGAAUUGUAACUCUUUUUGGUAAAUAAGAUUUUUCUUUUUUUUUGCAGUGUUAAAAAAAGCAAUUUUAAGAAUUGGUGCUAUAUAUAAAAAUAAGAAGAUGUGGUAUGAUUGCCAAUGAGACAACUAUCUACAAGAGACCAAAUGACACAGAAAUUAUCAACUAUAUAUAUAAUUAUAUAUAUAUAUAUAUAGUCAAAUGCGUUUUGUUAAAAUAUACUUUUUCACUUUUUUUGGUCUUUUGGAAAAUGUUGUUUGUGCUGUAUUUAGACCCCUCUACAAAGAAAUUUGUUUUGCAUGCACACGUAUAAAAAUUGCGGUUUUCAUCCAACGCAAUCAUAGGUUUGAACAUUGUUUUCAAUUUAGACUUGUUUAUAUUUUUCGUUUGUGCUUGUAUUAUAUUUGCCUUCGGGUUUAUAUGAUUCGUUCAUCCUAUUUCGACUCUUCAAAAUUCAAGAGUCUAUCCUAAAUUGAGGUAAAUUAUAUGGCCUUCCAAAUACCGUUCCGAUUCCUAAUAUCACUGAAGAGACAUUAAUUGUCGAAAUCCGGAUAUGGUGUACUAAUUUUUGCACCUUUUGUUUGCGGUAUACCAUCUUUUCCGCAAGUUUAUUGUUUUCUGUUUGGUAUUAAAUUAAUAGUUAAGAUCCAUUUCGAUACAUCUGGUGAUCCGUUUAUUUGGCAAUCGCCAAUGGCAGUCAGCAGGGUCUAAGGACAUCCGUUGUUCGACCUGCUAGUCAAAUGCGUUUUGUUAAAAUAUACGUUUUCACUUUUUUUGGUCUUUUGGAAAAUGUUGUUUGUGCUGUAUUUAGACCCCUCCACCAAGAAAUUUGUUUUGCAUGCACACGUUUAAAAAUUGCGGUUUUUAUCCAACGCAAUCAUAGGUUUGAAUGUUGUUUUCAAUUUAGACUUGUUUAUAUUUUUUAUAUAUAUAUAUAUAUAGGUCACCGUACGGCCUUCAACAAUGAGCAAAACCCAUACCGCAUAGUCAGCGAUAAAAGGCCCCGAGAUGACAAAUGUAAAACAAUUCAAACGAGAAAACUAAGGGCCUAAUUAAUGUUCAAAAUAAUGAACGAAAAACAAAUAUGAUACACAGCAACAAACGUCAACCACUGAAUAGGAGGCUCCUGACUUGGGACAGGCACAUACAUAAUGUGGCGAGGUAAAACUAGUUAGAUGGCGCAAAAUUCUCCCCCUAACCUGGGACAGUGAUGUAUAUUUAGUCAUUACCUUGUCAUUUAAAGAAAUUCACUUUGGUUUAGAACUUUAUAACUUGUAGUUAUAUUACCAACCAUGAGAUUCAUGUCAAAUUCGUUCUUAAACUAUCUCAAAUGUAUAUAAAAUUUAAGGAUUUUGAACUAUAAGUUAGUUUGCUUUGGCCUUAAUAUUUUUUUGGGUACCCCGGUAUUUAGUACAAUGGAGUACAGUUAUGUUCGACUUUCUUUGUUUUAUCUAGACUUUAUUGUUUAUGACUUUACAUUUUAUAUCUAGCGUUUCUUGUGAAAGUUAUCAUCCAGAAACACGUAAUGAACUCGCCAAACUCGUUGUUACAUGUUUUAUUUUCCUUUACUGGUUCGGUACCGCGAUUGUUCUCGAAGGUACAAUUCUCUUCUAGCAAGUACUACAAAACAUGCUUUAUAUGAUUACUUUUGUAAUUUGUUUAAAAUUAAGACAAUAACCCUGGAAGAAGCUUUUCCAAGUAUCCAGUGCUUCGGUACUGGUAUGAUUCAUUUUGAUCAAUCUGAAUGUAAAUUGUAUAUUUAUAAAGAAGGUGACUAUAGGGCUUCAAUUAUCACUUUUCAGUUUUAAUAGUUCUGUUAAAACUCUUUUCAUUCUGUUCAAACUCUUUUUGUUCUGAUAAUUUUAAACGUUGAACUGUUUUUUUUUCAUGAAGACAAUUGCAAAAACCAUUUCAAAAUAUCUGGUUUGAGUGUUCUUGCUGAAGGUAAAUCCAGACAAGUGUUUCGGACGCACCUACAUUAUAAACUGUUAUUUUUAUUAUCAAACACAGGGUCGAUACCAUUGUUGGCGGACUGCUAGUCCCCGAAUGUAUCCUAAGCUAAGUGGCAAUGUCUCAGUCCUGACAUGAUUUUUCACAUACUUUGCUUAAAUUACCCGUUGAUAAAUAAAAAAAAAACAUUAAGAAACCGAGGUUCCAACUCCCUCAGGGAAAGUCUACCGUAGAUGAAUUUUGCUAUUCAUUUUAGAUCCCAUUUGGUCAUAACGCUCCUACCGUGUCUACGGUUUUUACAUCCCUGACUUUGAAAUGGUAAGGUUACACCGUUCCUGACGACGCUUAUUCAGAAAAGCGCUUUGGAUGAACGAAAUUUAUAAAGUGUAUUCAUUGCACAGGGUGGCGUAAAUCCCAAAUGAAUAAACAUCAUAAUUUUUUGUUAAGUUAUAAAGAUUUAUUGACAUCACUUAUACCAUUUUACACUUAUAAUACAAUUUGUGAUAGAACAUUCUUUACAGCAUAGUUGUCAUCUUUUACCAGGAAAAUAGAAUAAUAAGUAAGUAAUCUAGAAUUUUACGUGACACUUUUAGAACAAACAAUCAUCUUUAACUUCUUUGUGUGUUUUUUUAAUACAAACUAUCUAUACUUGAUAGAAAAUACCUUGUAAAUAUUCCGUUGUCUGAGAGAAUCUUCUCUAGUUACCUCUGACAGAGAAUGUUUGUUCAAAAUAUUAAAAAGUCUUUGUUUGAUCUUGUUUUGUUGAGAUUAUGUCUUCAUUUUCAUUAAAGUCAUAUAAUGCUAAAAA